UUGGAUUUUCAAAAAGCUAUCAACAACUUUGUGGCGAAGAUGUGUGAACUACACCAAUAUGAACUUUCUGUUGAUGAUUGGCAGUCAAUUGCACUAGUAACAGGGUGGCUGAAGGCAUUCCAGUCAGCUACUACUCAAAUGUCAAUGUCUAAGUGCCCAAUGCUAUCUUCGGCUCAUGCUAUAUUUCAAGGUCUCAAGGAAUCCACUUCAGGAUGA